CGGACUGUUUAAAAUUAAUCUUUUUGUCUCAUUGAAUAUGCCACAGGGAAAUAGGAGAAAGUCCGACCAUUUUGUGCACAAUAAGGAAAAAGCUUGAAGGAGAAAAAAUGCAUCCCUAAACCUUGGUUUACCUUAAUCUUUUGCUUUUGAUGCUAAUAAUUCAUUCAGGGUUUGGCAUUAACAUUGGUGGUGGAACUGAUGCCCCUUAUGUUAAAGGAAAUACAGGUAUCUUCGUCUCGCGUGUUCGAAGGGAUGAGUUGCUUGAUUUAAUUUGUGAAGGAGAUCGGAUCAUUGCGGUUAAUGAUAUUAUUUUGGAAAAUAAGAAACAUCGUGAGGCUGUAAGUCUUUUGAAUAGUCUUGAGGGCGUUUGUACUUUUACUUUGGAGAGGAAAAGUUUUAAUGUUAACGAGGUUUGUUUUAUAAAAUUUUAAACAGAGCAUUUUAAAGAUUCCUCCCUCCGAAAACAAAGUGCUUACAUUUAGC